GUGGACCCCGACAAGGCCAAGGCCGUCGAGGAGCUCAAGGCCGCCAUCCUGAAGGCGGCCAACAAGCCCUCGGUGCCCAAGCCGCCCAGGCCAGAGGUGGAGGCCCUGCUCGCGCUGUGCGGCUGCAUCCGCAAGCUGGCCGCCGAGCAGCCCCUCUUCCGGGACGUCGCCGAGGCGUUGCCAAGACUUGGUGAAGACUUCUUCGCGCCUCUCAUCGGCAUCAGGCAAGCACGAAAGAUCGAUUCGGUCGCCAAGGCCGCCCCCGCGCCGGGCGCGGUCGUGCGGGUGACCGGGCGGGUCAAGAGCUACAACCAGAGGAAAGGUUUCGGCUUCAUCGACAUACCCGGGUACCCGCGCGACAUCUUCGUGUACAACGCUCAUCUGAUCGGGCGCACGGGGCUGGUGGCCGGGGAGGCGGUCUCCUUCGAGCUGUGCGUGGACGGCGGGAGGCCGCAGGCACGGCAAGUGCGGCCCGCGCCCGGGGGCGUGGUGCAGGCGAACCAGCAGGUGCCGGAGCCUUCUGAGCUCCCGAAGAAUCCCUUGAGCGCGAUGAAGCAGGGCAUGGCCAUGGCGCAGUCGCAGGUCCCCACGCCCGCGCAGACCAUGCAGGAGCUCGCGAUGGCCAUGGCCACCGCUGCCGAGAAGCACCGGCCGACCAGGCCUCCGAAGCCACAAAGAGACGACAGCCUCUUCGACAAGAUUGCAGAGGCUCAGGCCAAGGCGCAGGCGGCCAACACGCAGGCGACCAACUCGGAGAAGCGCCAAAAGAACAACAAGGGCGUGGCCGCCCGAUCGGCGGAGGGCGCCCGCGCCCCUCUCGGCCCGGGCCGGAGCGCCGAGCCCGGCGGGUGGGCUCCUGGCAAGACCCCGCCGGCGAAGCAGCUUUACCGCGCGCAGCUUCCGCACUUCGGGGCGGAGCUGGCGUGGCUCGAGGAGAGGGCGCGCACGCCCGAGGGGUGCCGGCUCGGGCGCGGCCUCUUCCUGGCCCCGGCGCGGGAGCGCGCGGGUCUGGCCCGCGAGGUCGCCGGGCGCCUGCGGGGCUGGCUGUCGCGGGCAGCGGCGGGCUCCGCGCGGCGGGCGCCCGAGGACGUGGCGGUCGACGCCGUGUUCGUGGCCACGUACGCCUACUCCGCGCAGGUCGGCGCGUGGCUGGGCGCCAACGCCUGGCCGGAGGCCAUCAUGACUCACGCCUCGGUCCCGGGCGUGGGCCGGGAGGAGGUGGAGGGGGCCCUGCUGCGCGACGUGGGCCCUCAGGCGGUCUCGCCCGCGGAGGUGCGGGAUGUCGUGGACUCUUUCGUGGUGGCCAUAUGGGGCAACGCUUCCAGCCUCGCGGCUGGCGGGGCCCGCCAUCCCGACGAGCGCCUCUGGCCGCAGCUGCACGCGGAGGUGCUGGUCUCUGUGCCCGAGCAGUUCGCCGGCAUGCAGUACGCCGUCGGCGUCCUCUGGGGCUUCGCGCUGCGCAGGCUGGUGCUGCGGCUGGCGCUGGAUCGCUCGGCAGGCUCGGUCCCCGAGCUGCCCAGCACGGCUCGCGCUCGGCUGGAGAGGAUCUUCGCGCGGCGCGAGGAGGAGGCCGGCCCGGCAGAGCCGGCCCACCCAGCGGCGGGCGAGGCGCCCGCACCCUCCCUCCUGUCCUACGCCACGGCGUUCUUCGGGCACGAAGACUGGGCGGACCUCUGCGAGCCCACGGACGCGGCCGUCGCCACGCUGGAGGCCGAGCUCGAGGAGGCGCUCCCGGGGCUGUCGCUGCUGUCCGGGCAGCACCUCGAGGACCUGGUCGCCGCGCCCGAGCGGGUCGUGGCGCCCUACCUGGAGUCGGGCGACGACGACGAGGCGAUCCCGCCGGAGGAGCUGGUGCAGCUGCCGCAGGAGAGGACUGGGAGGCGUUCCAGCGGCGCGCGGUGGCCCUCGGCGCCCUCACGGCCGACGCCGAGCUCCUGGUGGCCGCGGAGCUGGGCCCGCUGGCGCACGAGGGCCGGCGCACCUCUGGGUGGGUGCGCGCCCUCGUCCGGGGCGGCGCGCUCACGGGCGUGCGCCGCGAGCAGGCCUCGGAGGUGGCCCGGCGGCUCCGCGCCCCGCUGCGGAGGCUGGCGGAGGCGCUGCGGAGGGGCGUGCUCGCCUCGAAGCUGA